GCGGCGGCCCUGCCCCACUGUCCACUGGCCUUGUGGGCGGGGUACUUCGGCUCUCUUCGGAUACUUCUCCGGCUCUUCUCUCUCUCUCUCUCUCCCCCCCGUGCGUUUCCCUUCCCCUUCUCUCCUCUCCUGCCUGUUCGGCUCCCCACACUGCAGCUUCCCUUCCCUCUCACCUCGGUGACCGCAUUGGGUGCUCGCGGGGCGGAAGAGGAGGCGCGGGUCGAGGUCGGCUAGCCUAACCCGUCCGGCCGUACCGAGGCUGGUGGGAUCCGCUCGCCGGCCGGCACCGGGGAGGUGAGCCACCCCCACGUGCUCGCCGCGCGGUUAAACUCACUGGUGGUGGGUUCUCUUCUCCGAAUCCCGGCGUUUCUAUUUGUUUCGUUUCGGGUGGGCUCGGAGCCGCGUUCCCCCCCCCCCCCCCCCCCCUGAGCCACUGUUGCUCGGCGAGGUUGCGGCGUGGGUUCUGGCGGAGUUUCUCCGGUUCCACAGUCGCGGCGAAAUGCCCCAGGUCACCAACGCCCAUGCUUCUAUGACCGAGAGACUCCGGGCUUGACCAGGACGGAUUUGAGCGAAUAUCUUGAGGUUCAUAUUGUUGCUGGAGGGGAAUGGAAACUCCAUCAGAGGCCUUGAAGCCGGCGGAGGCUAAACCGGCGAAGCCACGGCCAGUGGCGCCCACGGGCAGGUUCGCCUUGGGGACUGCUUCGUCCAUUAAAAAGCGAGCUGAUGGUUCGGCUCCGGCGGAGGUGGGUGUGCCCCGGUCUUCCUUGAUGAAGUCUACCUCGUCGCUGAACGCCAGUUCGGCGACGAGAAGAAGCAGCACGGGGACUGCUGGGAAGCAACAGGACAAUGGGAGCUCAGCUGCUGCUAAGAAGUCUAGUCCUACGCUGUCGGAUGGCGCGAGGAAGACUAAACUGGUGUCAGCUCCCGCUGCUGGCUCAAAACCAGCAGUGGAGAAGAAAACAUCCUUGGUCGAGAGGACAGGUGCCGAUUUGGCCAGGAAGCCUGCUGUUAAGGCAUCCCCAACUUCAACACUGAAGAAGGUCCAGUCAAAGACAGAGAGCUCCAAUGGCAGCAGUGGCAGCACCAGGAGAGUGUCCUCCAAUGCUUCUGUGCCAUCGCCACGUUCCGUCACAAGCAAUGCAGCAAGGAAACUGGGUACUCAAGCAUCAUCUGCUGCGUCUAAUCGGCGGAAGAGCUCAACCGCAGAUAGCCGUGAUUCGAGAUUCAUGAUGCUGCCACAGGUGGAUUUGAAGGCUAGCGAUGAAGUGAGGCUGGAUUCAAGAGGUCAUCGAGUUCGUAGUCUCAAGCAGCUGAGGUUAUCACAUGCUCUUGAGUUUGUGUAUCUGAGGGACAACCUUUUAUCAAGUUUGGAGGGCAUUGAGAUUCUCAAGGGGGUAAAGGUUCUUGAUUUGAGUUUUAAUGAUUUUAAGCUCCCUGGGUUUGAGCCUCUUGGGAACUGUGUUGUCCUCCAGCAACUGUAUCUUGCUGGAAAUCAAAUAACUUCACUUGCUAGCCUUCCUGAACUUCCUAACUUGGAGUUCCUUUCUAUUGCUCAAAACAGGCUAAAGUCAGUUUGUAUGGCUCGACAGCCUCGACUUCAAGUGUUAGCAGCUAGCAGAAACAAAAUAUCAACUUUGAAGGGAUUUCCACAUUUUCCUUCUCUAGAGCAUUUGCGUGUUGAGGAGAAUCCACUACUUGAGAUGCCACACUUGGAAGCUGCUUCUAUCCUACUUAUAGGUCCUACUUUGAAGAAGUUCAAUGACCGAGAUCUGAACCCCAACGAGGCUGAGGUAGCUAAGCAAUAUCCUGCUCAUACAGCUAUUUGCAUUCGGGAUGGUUGGGAAUUUUGCUCCCCUGAACUUGCUGCUGAUUCAACAUUUUCUUUCCUACUUGAGCAAUGGAAUAAUAAGCUGCCUCAAGGUUACAUGGUGAAUAAAGCUUAUGUUGACCAUCCGUUUGAAGAGGAUCCAUGCCAUUGCCAUUUUAGAUUCACAAAUCUUGGUGGUGAGGGUGAGCUAGUCCUCAAAUACCAAUGGUUUCUGGGUGGCAAAACACCAACAGAUUUUGUUGCUAUCCCUGGUGCAUCGAGCGAGGUGUACUGGCCAAAACGUGAGGAUGUUGGAAGAUGUUUGAAAGUUGAAUGCACUCCAAUAGUAAAUGGUGCAGAAUUUUCGCCCGUUUUUGCUGUAUCUUUACCUGUUUCUCCAGGUACUGGAUGUCCAAAGGUCAUCAAUCUGGCAGUCAGUGGUGAAGUAGUGGAAGGAAACAUACUCAGUGGAGUUCCUGAAAUUGCCUGGUGUGGUGGAACACCUGGGAAAGGCGUUGCAAGUUGGUUAAGGCGGAGGUGGAACGGCAAUGCUGUAGUAAUUGAUGGAGCUGAGGGGAUGGAAUAUCAGUUGACAGUCAAUGAUAUCAAUUCAAGUUUGGUAUUUAUGUACACCCCUGUUACAGACGAGGGUGUCAAGGGAGAGCCGCAAUGUACAAUGACAGAUUUUGUGAAGGCUGCAACACCAUCAGUCAGCAAUGUGCAUGUUCUGGGAGAUAUUGUUGAAGAUAACAUUAUCGUAGGGAAAGGAAAAUACUUCGGUGGCAGAGAGGGACUAAGUAAAAUCCGGUGGUUUAGAGAGAAGGAAAAUGGUGAAUUUCUUCUUGUGCUAUCAGACAGCAUGGAGUAUACACUAACCAAGGAGGACGUGGGGAGACACCUCAAAUUUGUAUAUAUCCCUGUUAACCUUGAAGGUCAGGAGGGUGAAUCUGCUUGUGCGAUAACAGAUGUAGUUAAGAAAGCCCCUCCAAAAGUAUUCAAUCUAAAGAUUGUUGGGGAAUCUAUGGAAGGAAGCAAGAUAUCUGCCAGUGCUACUGUUACAGGUGGAACUGAAGGGUCCAGCAGGGUUCAAUGGUACAAGGCAUCUUCCUCUGAAUUUAAGAAUGAACAUGAGCUUGAAGCCCUUACUCCGUCACGAGUUUCUAAGACAUUCCGCAUUCCUCUUGGUGCUGUUGGAUAUUAUAUCGUUGCAAAGUUUACACCUGUGGCACCUGAUGGUGAAGUCGGUGAACCAGCCUAUGCUACAUCAGAUGGCCUUGUGGAAACACUACCACCCAGCCUGAACUUCUUAACAGUCACUGGUGAAUUCUCUGAGGGUCAGAUAUUAACAGCAUCAUAUGGGUAUAUCGGAGGACAUGAAGGAAAUAGUUUAUACAGCUGGCACCUUCAUGAGGCUGAAGAUGACGAAGGCACUCCACUUUCAGAGGCAACCGGUUUGCUACAAUACUGUGUUACAAAGGAAGCUGUUGGAAAGUUUGUUUCUUUCAAAUGCACCCCUGUCAGAGAUGAUGAUAUUGUUGGUGAGGCAAGAUCAUUCAUAGGAAAGGACAGAGUUACUCCAGGGAUGCCGACAUUACUUUCUCUUGAAGUAACUGGUGAUGCAAUUGAAGGAACAACUAUGUUUGCCAGUAAAAGGUAUUGGGGAGGAGAAGAAGGGGACACAAUGUUCCGCUGGAUACUGACAAAUUCUGAUGGAACCGAGAAAGAAAUUGAAGGAGCAACAAGUUCAUCAUACACCUUGAAAUGCAAUGACAUUGGCUUCUACAUAUCUGUCUUGUGCAAGCCUGUUAGAAAUGAUGGAGUUGAUGGUUCUUUAGUGUCGACUGAAGCGAUUGGUCCUAUUAUACCAGGGCCACCAACAUGUCAAUCUCUUGAACUAGCUGGCUCUAUGGUUGAAGGUGGCCGUUUGACCUUUCAUGCUGUGUAUACAGGAGGUUUGCGGGGAAGUUGCAUCCAAGAAUGGUUCAGAUUACAUGAUGAUGGGCACAAGGACAAGUUGACUGCUGAUGAAUGUCUAGACCUUGAUCUAGCUGAUAUCGAUUGCCGGAUUGAACUUAUGUAUACACCUGUACGAGAAGACGGAGUGCACGGGUUACCAAGGAGUGUUACUUCUGAUACAAUCUUACCUGGGGAGCCCAAGGGUGUCAAUCUUAUUCUACCUGAGUGUUUUGAGGACAAUGAAAUUUCUCCCAUCAAAACCUAUUUCGGUGGCAAGGAAGGCACUGGCAAAUAUACAUGGUUUCGAAAUAAAGAGAAACUUGAUAACUUGGAAUUUGAUCUGGUUGCUGAAUCAUCAGAAGUUGUUGGAGAAACCUUAAAAUAUAAGCCUUCAUUGAAUGAUGUUAGUUCCUAUCUGAUUCUUUAUUGGGUUCCUACACGGCGUGAUGGAAAGGUUGGUGAUCCUUUGAUGGCUAUCUCUGAUGAUCCGGUCAUGGCAGCUUUUCCAUCUGUUUCGGAUGUUCACUUAGAGCAGAAAAGUUCAGAUGUAUAUUGUGGACUAGGCAUCUAUUAUGGUGGAUAUGAGGGAUUAAGCUUGUAUAGAUGGUACAGGGAAUCUAGUGAUGGAACUAGGCUUCACAUAGAUGGUGCUGAUUCAGUCACAUACGAAGUGACAGAUGCUGAUUACAGCUGCCGUCUACUGUUUGGUUAUACUCCUGUUCGUUCAGAUGGGAUAAGUGGAGAAGAAAAACUCUCUGAACCAUCUGAUGUAAUUUUGCCAGAACUACUCAAAAUCGAGACACUCAAUUUCAAGGGGAAUCAGGUUGAAAGAGAAACACUGACUGCUGCUGAACAAAUUCCGUACAGUGAGAUUCAACAACAUAUAUGGAAAAAUUAUAAGAAAGAGAUGAAAUAUCAAUGGUUUAUUUCCAAUGAAUCAGGAGGCGAUCAGUCUUUUGAACCAUUGGCAACCCAGUGUUCUCGCUCAUACAAAGUGCGCUUUGAGGAUAUUGGUCGUUGCCUGAAAUGCGAAUGCUUUGUCACUGAUGUAUUUGGACGAUCUAGUGAAUUGGUAUCCGCUGUGACUGCUCCUAUUUUGCCAGGAAGGCCUAAAAUUGAAAAGCUGGAGAUUGAAGGAAGAGGUUUCCACACUGACCUAUAUGCCGUUCAGGGUACCUAUAGCGGAGGCAAAGAAGGCAAGAGUAAAAUACAAUGGCUCAGAUCGAUGGUUGGAAGCCCUGAUCUUAUCUCCAUACCUGGCGAAACUGGAAGAACGUAUGAAGCUAAUGUUGAUGAUGUAGGGUAUAGGCUUGUUGCAAUUUAUACACCUGUAAGAGAGGAUGGAGUUGAGGGACAACCUGUUUCUGUUUCAACAGAACAGAUUGCAGUUGAGCCUGAACUUUACAGGGAAGUGAAACAGAAGCUCGAUGAUGGUUCAGUCAAAUUUGAGGUUCUGUGUGACAAGGACCGAACACCCAAAAAGGCACAAGUAAUGGGCCAUUUGGAGCGGAGGGUUUUGGAAGUCAACCGAAAGAGGAUAAAAGUAGUAAAGCCUGGAUCUAAGACAUCAUUCCCGAGUACUGAAGUACGAGGAACCUACGCUCCACCGUUCCAUGUCGAGCUGUAUCGCAAUGACCAGCACCGCUUCAAGAUUGUUGUCGACGGUGAUACUGAAGUUGACUUAAUGGUGCAAACACGGCACAUGCGAGACCGCAUCAUCCUCACGAUCAGAGGCCUCGCCCAGAAGUUCAACAGCACCUCCCUCAACACACUUCUCAGGAUCGAGUCAUGAUAGACCUGACAGUGUAAAAACCAACUAUUACGGGAAGCUGUACCCCUUGUUCCGAUUGGUUAGAGUGCGUGGUUUUAGUAGGAUUCGUGACAUGCCAGCCUUUUGUGUGUAUGGGUGUGGGACGGGCCGAGCGUGUUGGAUUACAAUUUUUUCCCUGACACAUCUCUCAAAUCAGAGCAGCAUCAGCUGGUUGCUCUGACUGGUGCCGUCGUGCGUCAUGAAAUGUACAUAGGGUGGUUAGAGCGAGAAAGAGAGUGGUGUUUCUUGGUGCUGUAUUUAUUAUGCACUGGUUGGGUUGGGUUUUUUCGACUGCCAUUCUCAUACUAAGUAUUGGUUCUUUCUUUUUUCGGUCGUUGGGUUUGCAUAUACUUGUACCGACAACACAGCUUGGGGUGAUUGGGCGAGUGCU